AUGAGGGAGAUUGAUGCGCAUUUCGAUGCGUAUGAGCAUCUGAAGCACCUCCCGAGGGAGCAAGAAGCUCUGAUUAUGCUCCGCAAGGCUGCAUCUCUCGUCAAACCUAUGAUGAGAAAACGAGGCUGGAAAGUUGGCACUCUUGCAGAGUUUCUUCCAGACGAACCUCAACUCCUAGGCCUGAACAUCAACCGAACAGAGAGAAUCCUUAUUCGGUUACGCUACCAUCACGAUUCACGACAAUUUCUACCUAUGGAGCAAGUUACUGAUACCCUACUACACGAACUCUCACAUAUAGUAUGGGGGCCCCACGACCAUAAUUUCAACAACCUCUGGAACGAACUCCGUGAAGAACACCAGUCCCUCGUCUCUAAAGGAUAUACCGGCGAAGGCUUCCUCUCACCAGGCCAUAAGCUUGGUGGCAAGCGUAUACCUCUCGAUGAAAUGCGAAGACAAGCUCGACUCGCUGCCGAAAAGCGGAAAGCCACCACAAAUGCGAGCUCGGCUGGGCGUCGGUUAGGCGGAACGUCAGUCACCCGAGGAGUUGAUAUGCGAAAGAUUAUCGCAGAUGCGGCAACGAGGAGGAACAGCAUCACGAAGGGAUGUGCGAGUGGAAGUGACCAAGCUGGGAAAUUGGUGAACCAGGCUGAGAGGGGAGGUUUCCGGACCAAGGCUGGGGAGGACGAUGCCAACGAUGCUGCCAUUGCACGAGCGCUGCAGGAGCUCAUGGAAGAGGAGGAAAUUCAAAAAUUAGAACAGCUGUGCGCUCCAAACGGAGGAGGGGGCUUAGCAUGGGAUCGUGAGAAUGGUCUCCAGUUCGACAGCAAUCCUCCAUCACGAACCUCAUCGCCUGGCCUCCUUCCCCCGUCAAAACCCACGCCCUCCUCCCCAAGAGACCCGCCACUCAAUUCUCAAGGACGACCACUGUCCCGCUUGGUCAUGGGUAACUCUUCGAAGCCGAAACCCAAGGCCCCCAUCCCGCCCGAAUCACACCCAAUAUCCGAAGAAGCAAACUACCGUGACAAAAUUCUACCGGAUCCACCAGAAGAAUCCCCCGCUCCAGUAUCCACCGAUCCCACAAAAUGGGCUUGCCCACAAUGCACACUCUUUAACUCGCUCGAAUUCCUCUCAUGUGAAGCAUGCGGCUUAGAGCAACCUCCCCAGCCCAUUCCACGAAAUAAGCGUUACGGACCAGCAAAUCUACCGCCUACCUUGCCUGCACCACCACCUGCGUCCGCGCUAAGAGGCCCAGCUGCAACUCCUUUUGAGCCUGCAAAAGGGAGAAUAGGCUGGAAUUGUUUGAAUUGUGGAACAUUCAUGGAGAAUCAGUGGUGGACGUGCUCGCUGUGUGGGACUAUGAAGGCGGAGUCAUAA